GGCUACGCCUAGACGCAAAUUAUGAUCGCAUCUUAGUUUCUUGAUUGUCAAGAAGUUAUUUAUCGAUCGGCGAACGAUAAGAUGUCGCGCCAAGGCGAAUGUCAAUGCGAUGCGGCGACAUCAUCGCGCUCGAAUCUCAACGCCCAAGAUCCACAUGUUCCGUGGGGUUCGUUCUGGAACUGGGGUAGAAGGGUAUAGCGAAGACAUCUCAGUAAGCUAUUAUAUAAUGGAUAUCGAAUUUUGCGAUUCCAUGACUCCACAUGUUCGCCUUUCAUCGACAAGAUGCACAGUCAGUCAUGGCCCGAAAUCGGCCGCUGGAGAAGUGAAAAGGGAGCCAUUUCGCCCUCAGAUUCUUAGGGAUCUGCACUCAUGUCGUUUAUAUCAUGGCGAACUACAUGACCAUGGAUAUCCAAGCCAAGACAGACGCUCACCCCCAGGUGAACGAAUCGACGCCCUCCACCAAGUCAAUCGAGCAUGGCACCAACGACACUGAACUUGAACGCGCCCUCCAUGGCCGCCAUCUCCAAUUCAUCGCUAUCGGCGCCGCGGUCGGUACAGGUCUCUUCAUCGGCACGGGCAACGCCCUCGCAACAGCCGGCCCCGUCUCCCUCCUCAUAGCAUUCAUCUUCGUCGGAAGUCUUCUCUUCGCAGUAAUGACAGCCCUAGGCGAAAUGGCAGCAUACAUCCCCGUCGCAGGCGCGUUUACAACAUACGCCUCGCGCUUUCUCGACCCAACAUUUGGCUUUGCCAUGGGUUGGAUUUAUUGGUUUAGCUGGACCAUCACGUUUGCGCUUGAGUUGACAGCUGCGGGACUGAUCAUCCAGUACUGGGAGAAGGGACUGAAUAUCGGUAUCUGGAUCGCUGUGUUUUGGGUGCUCUUCACUGCUGCCAAUUUCAUGCCUGUUCGUUGGUUUGGAGAGUUCGAAAUGUGGUUCUCGAGCAUCAAGGUCAUCACUAUCAUUGGCUUCAUUAUCUUUUCGAUUUGCGUCAACGCCGGCGUUGGAGACCAAGGAUAUCUCGGGUUCAAAUACUGGAAGGACCCUGGAGCUUUCAGUGAGCAUCUUGUCGAGGGAGAUGUUGGCCGUUUCGUCGGCUUUUGGUCCGUAUUAAUCACCGCCGGUUUCAGUUAUCAGGGUUCAGAAUUGGUAGCCAUCGGUGCAGGCGAAACAAAGGAUCCGCGCAAGACGAUCCCUUCAGCUAUGCGUUGGACCUUUUGGGGCGUCUUCUCAAUCUUCAUCGCGACCGUGUUCUUCCUCGGUCUCAAUAUCCCAUCGACGAACAAAGACCUUCUCAGCGAAUCGCAAGACGCUUCAGCAUCUCCUCUGGUUAUUGUCGCUCAAUUGGCUGGUGUUCCAGUACUGCCUUCUAUCCUCAACGCGGUUCUGUUGACUGCUGUAUUGACUGCUGCGAACUCGGAUGUGUAUUCCAGCAGCCGCAUUCUCAUCUCCUUAGCAGACUCGGGCCACGCACCGGCAUUUUUGAAGAAGACGAACCGAUUCGGAACGCCUUAUAAUGCCGUCGGUGUCUGCGCCGCUGUCGGCUUUUUGUCUUUCCUCAAUCUAUCGAACGACGGAACUGUUGUGUUCAACUGGUUCUUGAGCAUUACCUCUGUUGCGGGAUUUAUCGCAUGGGCUAUCAUUUCGCUCUGUCACAUUCGCUUCAUGAAGGCCUUGUCUCUUCAAGGGAUUUCCCGAUCCGAAUUACCCUACGUUGCGCCCUUGCAGCCAUAUUUGUCUUGGUAUGGUCUGUUCUUCAGCGUGUUGAUUAUCAUCACGAGUGGAUUUCAGGUGUUUAUCGAAUGGGAUACCAGCUCCUUUUUCACUGCGUACAUUAGCUUGAUCUUGUUCAUCGUCAUGUUUGUUGGCCAUAAGUUGAUCUUCCGGACUAAGCUGGUUCCAUUGAGUGAGAUGGACAUCAUUAGCGGGAGCGAUAUCUAAAAGUAUAUAAGACGAGAUAUUCUGAAAUAAUGCAAAUAAUUUGAUCUGCCA